GGGAUAGCAGUCGAGCUGGCCGCGAACGGUCUUUGCACUGGCCACUGGCAAGCGCCCCCCGUGGGCGGAAAGCUGAACGGGAAAGAUUAGUUUCCUUCCAGACAGAAGAGUGGAAGAAUAUUUCUUGAAGUUGCAAAGUGCUGACCUAGAACUCUUGGACUCCCAUUACCAUCCUGCUUCAACUUCCUGAGUAACUGGGACAACAGCUCCAGCCGACAGCAUGGAACCACAGGUUACUCUAAAUGUGACUUUUAAAAAUGAAACUCAAAGCUUUCUGGUUUCGGAUCCAGAAAAUACAACCUGGGCUGAUGUUGAAGCUAUGGUAAAAGUUUCGUUUGAUCUGAAUACUAUCCAAAUAAAAUACCUGGAUGAGGAAAAUGAGGAGAUAUCCAUCAAUAGUCAAGGAGAAUAUGAAGAAGCACUUAAGAUGGCUAACAUUAAGCAAGGAAAUCAACUACAGAUGCAAGUCCAUGAAAGGUACCAUGUGGUAAAUGAAACAUUCCCUCAAAAUGUAGUAAAAAAACAAGCAGCUGCCAGGACAGGGAAGAAGCCACUUGCACAUUAUUCUUCACUGGUGAGAGUCUUGGGCUCAGAUAUGAAGACCACAGAGGAGCCUGCAGCAGAGCCAUGUUCUCCUGCUCCUUGUGACACAGACCAGCCUCAAAAUAAGCCCCCAGAUUGGUUUACAAGCUACCUGGAGAUGUUCAGAGAACAAGUGGUUAAGGAAACGGUGGAGAAGCUUGAACAGAGGUUGCAGGAGAAGCUUAUCCUCCAGAAGCCACCCUUGGGUUCCUCACCCUCAGAAGUCUCAAUGCCUAUUUCGGAGGGAACCCUGUUUUUGCCAGAGAACCAGUUCAGCUGGCAUAUUGCUUGUAGCCACUGCCAAAAGAGGAUCGUCGGUGUGCGCUACCAGUGUAGCCUGUGCCCAUCCUACAACAUUUGUGAAGGUUGUGAAGCUGGACCGUACGCUCAUGACACUAAUCAUGCUUUGCUAAAGUUGCGGAGACCUGUUGUGAUUACCUCUGAGCCAUUUUUCUACUCAAAGUAUUCCACUCCUCGUCUGCCUGCUGCUUUGGAACAAGUCAGGCUCCAAAAACAGGUGGAUAAGAACUUUGUGAAAGCAGAAAAGCAACGGUUGCGGGCUGAGAAGAAACAGCGGAAGGCAGAGGUCAAGGAGCUUAAAAAGCAGCUUAAACUCCACAGGAAGAUUCAUCUGUGGAAUUCAAUCCAUGGACUUCAGAGUCCCAAGUCCCCUUUGGGCCGACCUGAAAGCUUGCUGCAGUCUAACACCCUGAUGCUUCCUUUGCAGCCCUGUGCCCCAGUUAUGCCAACACUCAGUGCAGCAUUUGUGGAUGAGAAUUUGCCUGAUGGGACUCAUCUUCAGCCAGGAACCAAGUUUAUCAAGCACUGGAGGAUGAAAAACACAGGGAAUGUGAAGUGGAACACAGACACAAAGCUCAAGUUCAUGUGGGGAAACUUGACUCUGGCUUCUACAGAGAAGAAGGAUGUUUUGGUUCCCUGCUUGAAGGCUGGCCAUGUUGGGAUCGUAUCUGUGGAGUUCAUUGCUCCAACCUUGGAGGGGACAUACACUUCGCAUUGGCGCCUCUCUCACAAAGGCCAGCAGUUUGGGCCUCGAGUCUGGUGCAGUAUCAUAGUAGAUCCUUUUCCUUCCUCUGAGGGCCCUGAUAAUGUUGAAAGGGACGGAAAUAGCUCAAGCAAAGCUGAUGAUUUCACCUGUGAGCAAGAGGAAGCUUUUCUUCUAGCUGAAGAAGAGAUUCCAUUGGGUGAGGUGACAAAGCAGGCAGAAGGGACAGGAGCCAGCGCCCCACAGAAGACACCACAUGCUGCCAGUGAGCUCUACAUUCCAUCUGUGGACCUUCUGACUGCCCAGGACCUGCUGUCCUUUGAGCUGCUGGAUAUAAACAUUGUCCAAGAAUUGGAGAGAGUGCCACACAACACCCCUGUGGAUAUGACUCCCUGCAUGUCUCCUCUGCCACAUGACAAUCCUUUAAUAGAGAAGCCAGGCUUGGGGCAGAUACAGGAAGAGAGUGAAGGGGCGGGAUUUAAAGCACCUCCUGAUUCCACUGUAUCAGCAAAGAGGAAGGCUGAGACCCCUGCUUCAGUCGAAGAAACAGAGGAAGACCUGAGUGGGACUCAAUUUGUGUGUGAGACUGUAAUCCGAUCCCUUACCUUGGAUGCUGCCCCAGACCAUAACCCUCCUUGCAGGCAGAGGUCCCCACAGAGGGAAAUACAGCUGUAUUCCACCGAGGAACAGCAGCCACUUGUGCUGCCUGGAUUCUGCAGAAAGGAUUCUUCCUUGAAAUUUGCCUUGCCUGAAGAAGGACCAUGUGGAGAAGAGAGGGAGGAGAUUGUCCACAUUGCUGAGGAAGAAGUCGUUGAGGAAGAGGAGGAAGUCCAAGAUGAAGAAGUUCAAAGUCAGUCUUCUGCUUCCUCUGAAGAUUAUAUCAUCAUCCUGCCUGAGUGUUUUGAUACCAGCCGCCCCCUGGGGGACUCCAUGUACAGCUCUGCACUCUCCCAGCCAGGCCUGGAGCAAGGGGCUGAAGGUGAACCUGGGAUCGAGUCUGGGCAAGAACCAACUGAGGCCAGAGAGAGACUCCCAGAGAGGGAGAGCCAACCACAGGAGCAGGGCAUCAGUGACAUCCUCACGACCUCACAGCCUCUGGACACGGUGCCUCUAGUCCCCGAGGUGGCAGGACUUCCAGCAGCAUUGUCCAGGAGCGCCCCUUGUGGACAGUAUGAGUCACCAGGAGUGGAUUCACCAGUUACCAUCCAAGAAGUUCCUCCAGUCCCUGAUCACAUCAGAGGAGAGCCCAGAGGCUCAACAGGACUCGCAAACACCAGACAGAGGAGCUGUGACCACUCAAGGCACCACAAUGGGAGCAGCAUUGCUGGAGGAUUGGUGAAGGGGGCUCUGUCUGUUGCUGCCUCUGCGUACAAGGCCCUGUUUUCUGGGCCACCAGUCACUGCACAGCCCAUCGCUUCUGAAGAUCAGACUGCAGCCCUGAUGGCCCAUCUCUUUGAAAUGGGAUUCUGCGACAGGCAGCUGAAUCUAAGGCUGCUGAGAAAACACAAUUACAACAUCCUGCAGGUUGUGACAGAGCUUCUUCAAGUAAACAACAACGACUGGUACAGCCACCGCUAUUGAGGACUGACCUUGCAUUAAAUAACUGCCUGCCGCUCAGAGGUGGUCUCCAUGCCGUCAUUGAGGUGUGGGUGGAAGCCCUUGCUUGCUUUUUAAUCUGAUGAAUCUAUGUUGAGUGUCUCUGAAUUGUCAAAACAGUACCUGUACCUGUUACAGUAUUUUUUGGAGCAAAUCAAAGGCCAGAACUUAAAUUUUCACUUUAGAAAUGGGAUGAAUGAUAGGAAGACAGUUUCCCACUGAUCUGGACAGAACUCUCGCCACUGUAGUACGUGGAAGCGUGUAACUUGGACUUCCUGUAGACUGCUUUUCCUUCUGCUUGUAUUGAAGUUGACUGUUUUCCUUUGGUUCAUGUGGAUGUUUUUAAUGGGCUGUUAAAUGUUAGUUUGGUUUUUCUGUUUUUUAAAGAUUAACCUUGAAUGUUUUCAAGAAUUAUUCUCUUAAUUUCUAUAACCAAUCCCAAGCUUCAUAGCUAUGUAAGGACAGCAGAUCAAGAAAGUCAUUCCCUAUAAGACUUAGUAAAUAAGUAACACUUUGCUUUCAGAAGACCUGGCAGGAACCUGGAAGGAUGGACGGAAGGCAUGUUGGUUAACCCAUAGCACCUACUGGGCAGUGUCUGUCAAAGUAAUUUUGUAUAAGUUUUAUUUAAGGAAAAAUCCUGGAUAGUGUGAAAUAUUUUGCUAAUCCUAUAAAGGGGGAAAACCGACAUGUUACAGAAAGAGAACGUUAACAGUCACACUUUUUCUGACUGUCACAGCAGAUUGUAAGGAGAACAGGUAUGUGCAAAUAUUCAUCUCAGUAAGGUUCAGGUGUGGGGGGCGGGGCACAAAUGCUGGCGACUUCUCAAAUGUGUGUAAUCCCCUUCUGAGGUGUCCAGCCCUAGAGAGCCGAGAACAGGAAGUGGUGUUGGGGGCUAACCCACAGAAAGGUUAGUUUACCAUUAGAAUAAAUGGGAAGAAGCUUCCUUUCAGAGUUCUAGGUCUCAUUUAAUUCAUAAAAGGGAGCGUUGGGUACAGAUGGUGAAAGAAGAGGUAACACAACACUAAAGAUUUUAUUCAUGGUUAGAGUUUGAGAGGAGGUAUCUGGACUCCAGCUCAAAGAGGAAAGGUAGUUCAAAUAGUAUUAUUUAACUUAGUUGGUAUUUAUAAUAAAUGGCGAUUUUAAUUACUCAUAAUAUGUUUAUUUACAGUCUAACUCUUGAAUGCUUCUAAAUAAACCACAAUUCAAACUGCAAGCCAA